CAUUUUUUAUUUUCUUUGUAGACAGCCAUCGGAGGCAGUCUGGGACCACCCGUCUCCAAACCCUGGAGAUGUAAAGUUGGACACCACUAAAACCGAUGCUGUGAAGUGGCUCUCAGCCUUAACUUCAUCAGGACUCGGUGGAAGGAUGCUGUGGUUUACCCUGCUAAGCACAAUAGCUUUAGGAUGGACUACGCCGAUCCCUCUGUUGGAUGAGUCGGAAGAAAUAGAUGAGCCUUGCUUUGACCCUUGCUACUGUGAAGUCAAGGAGGGUAUUUUCCACGUCCACUGCGACAGCAAAGGAUUUACAAAUGUCAGCCAGAUCUCCCAGACUUGGACGAGACCCUUUAAACUCAAUCUGCAGAGGAACUCCAUGCGCAGGCUGUAUUUUAACAGCUUUUUGCACCUCAAUAAUGCUGUGUCACUCAAUCUGGGGAAUAAUGCACUACAGGACAUACAUGUGGGCGCAUUCAAUGGCCUGAGCAUCUUAAAAAAACUAUUUCUGCAUGAAAACAAACUGGAGGUGUUCAGGAAUGACACUUUUAUGGGGCUGGAGAGUCUUGAGUAUCUUCAGGCGGAUUACAACGUCAUCAAGAGAAUAGAGAGUGGGGCGUUUCGGAACCUGCACAAACUCAGAGUACUUAUUUUGAACGACAAUUUGAUACCCGUGCUACCCAAUUUAUUAUUCAGGUCUGUAUCUCUCACGCACCUUGACUUACGUGGCAACCGCUUAAGAAUUCUACCCUAUAAAGGGACGCUGGAAUACAUCGGUCGCAGCUUGAUGGAGAUUCAGCUAGAGGAAAAUCCAUGGAACUGUGUGUGUGACAUUGUGCAGCUCAAAACCUGGCUGGAGCGCAUCCCCUACACAGCACUGGUGGGCGACAUUACGUGUGAAUACCCUUUUCAUUUACACGGUAAGGAUCUUCGUGAGAUCAAGAGAAGUGAACUCUGUCCCUUACUUUCUGAAGCAGAGCUGGAGGCCAAACAUGGCAUUCCCAGAUUACCGUUUAAUAAUGAAAAUGUCUGGCCCACCAAGCCUUCUUCUAUGUUGUCAUCUUUUCAUAACACAGCCUCCUCAGUAGAGUACAGAGAGAGACACGUAAAGCCGACUAAACGGUUCAGACCCACAAAAACACCACCCACUCCUCGUAGCAUUUACCCAGGACAGAAUCAGCCUCCAGUCGCUGCCUACCAAACCAGACCCCCUAUACCAAUUAUUUGCCCCACAGGGUGCAUGUGCAAUUUACACAUUACUGACUUGGGCCUCACUGUCAAUUGCAAAGAGAAAGGGUUUCACAACAUUUCUGAGCUGCUACCACGACCACUCAACGCCAAGAAACUCUAUCUAAGUGGGAAUUUGAUUCAGAAAAUUUACAGGUCGGAUUUUUGGAACUUCUCUAGCUUGGAUUUAUUGCACUUGGGUAACAAUCGGAUAUCAUAUGUUCAAGAAGGCGCCUUUAUGAACCUACCUAAUUUGAAAAGUUUAUACUUGAAUGGCAACGACAUUGAAAGGCUCACCCCUGGCAUGUUUCGUGGUCUGCAGGCACUUAGUUACCUGUAUUUCGAGUACAACGUCAUUCGAGAGAUCCAACCGGCCGCCUUCAGCCUCAUGCCAAACUUGCAGUUGGUUUUUCUCAAUGACAACCUGCUGCGCACCCUGCCCAUGGAUACAUUUGCUGGCACCUCCCUGGCUAGGCUCAACCUGCGCAACAACUACUUUCUCUACCUUCCAGUGAGCGGAGUCCUGGAGCAUCUCCACUCCAUCGUUCAAAUCGACCUUCACCAGAACCCUUGGGACUGCUCUUGCGACAUUAUCCCGCUCAAGCAGUGGAUUGAGAAGCUCAGCUCCGUCAUUGUUGUGGGGGAAGUGACCUGCAAGACCCCGGAAUACGCUCUUGGCAAGGAUCUGCGCACCCUGGAGGCUGAGGUCAUAUGCCCUGAGUUGAAAUUCACAGCUUCUUCUCCAGUCCUGCCCAAUGAAAUGACGGCCACCAGCGGCUCAGACUUAGGAGAAGCGCCAACAGCGGGAGCUGUUCCGCUCUCUGUAAUGAUUCUCAGCCUACUGAUUCUCUUCAUCUCCUCUGUGUUUGUGGCUGCCGGUCUCUUCGCAUUCGUCCUACGGAGGCGAAAAAAACUUCCCUUCAGGAAGCGUCAGGAGGUGGACCUUACGGGCAUUCAAAUGCAGUGCAAGAUCUUUGAAGAAAGACAAACUGGCUCACCUGAGAAGCCACCCGGUCACAUCUAUGACUACAUCCCCCAUCCCGUUACUCAAAUGUGUAACAAUCCAAUUUACAAACCACGAGAAGGAGAGAUCGAGGGCGAGCAGUUUACAGAAACCAAGGAAAAUAACAGUAAUUAUCGAACACUUCUGGAAAAAGAGAAGGAAUGGACGAUGGCUGUGUCCAAUUCCCAGCUCAACACCAUUGUCACCAUCAAUCAGUCAGGUGACAUGGCAGGAUUUCACGAAAAUGGAGUGCUUUGCCCUACUGUGAUUGACAGCCAGAGACCAACCCCUACAGUGGGUUUUGUAGACUGCCUGUACACCACCGUCCCCAAAUUAAAGGACAUGCAUGUUGCACAUUCACAUCCACCCGGAAUGCAAUACCCUGAUUUACAACAAGACGCCAGAUUAAAAGAAACAUUACUUUUCACUGCAGGGAAAGGAUUCCCUGAGCAUACCCAAAGUGAAUACCUUGAAUUAAGGGCAAAACUCCAAACCAAGCCGGAUUACCUCGAAGUCUUGGAGAAAUCAUAUAGAUUCUAAUUAAAUUGAAAA